UGAUCUUCACGAACCGGCAAGCACUCGUUUGCGACAGGUCUUAGGUUACGGACAGAGCUGGCGGAGCUUUUUUGAAGUGAAGUGAUAUUGUUUUUUCGGAUUGAAAGUGGCUGGCUGCUGGUACACUAAGUGAGUGUCAGGUGUGCGUGUGUAAAGUGUGAAAGCGGACCGUGAAUGCACAUUAAAAUGUGAACUGAUUGCCCUGAAUUACUUUCAGGCAGUAAAAAUAAUAGAAAAACAGUCAGCUCGAAUUAAUAAAUCAAACCAGCAAAGUGGACACUAAAAAAAAACACCAAGCAAAAAUCUAAGUGCAUACGAAGAAAAGUGAUCUAUCUUUAACAAAAAAAAACUUGUUCGUUGAGAAACAACGAAACGAAACUAAAGUGUGUAUCGAUUCGAUAUAAUCUUCAGCAAAGGACGGGUAGUUUGGCAGCAGAUCACACCAACCAGAAGAACGAAUCUUAAUAGCUUCUAUCACAAACACAAAAUGGAGAUAAUGAAAGUGUCCAUCUACAAACUGCUGCUGUUUGUCGCCCUCACGACGGUGAUGCUUUGCUGUCAAACGUCCGAGGCCGGACCUGCCCGUCAGCUUGCCAGCCUGGCAGCGAGAGCGUCAAAGAUUCCGCGCUCGAUACGGGCCCCUUUCCGGAAUUCGGAAAUGAUGACGGCACGAGGCUUCGGCAAACGUCGGGCACCGAUCGGUGUGAGUUUCGGUAGCGGUCGAUCAGCACACCACAGCCUAUCACCCGGGGACGGUGAAACUGCUACCUGGGCCGAGGAAAAGCACGACAUUGGCAAGCUGAUGGAAGAUUUGGCCAGCCUCGAUCAAAGCGAUCCACAACAGCAACAGCAACCACAGCAAUUGAUUGUAGGCGAGCAAGAAAACAGCUUUCCUUUAGAGUGGUUUGCAAACGAGAUGUCAACCAAUCCGACAUUGGCCAAAUCGAUUCUGCAACGCUUCGUUGACACUAACCGUGACGGACUGCUCGAAACGAACGAACUAAUGCCCGGCACUGGAGCAAACGGUAACGAUAUCGCCGAGCUGUUCUAAGGCAACUCGAAUGUCACCGAAAUGUCAUCAUGCGGCUGUCAUCCUGUUAGUGGCUUAGUGGAACUGUUGGAGAAUUAGGACACGAUGAGCAACACGCUGCAUGCAGACACCUUAAUCCUUUCCAGACACACCACACACACACUGACACACAGUUUUACUCCCAACUAAAACACCGUUUCACACUGGUUCACCCACCGAUUCGUGCACGAGAAGCAAAAAUAAACAUCACUUAACAUACUCUCUUUACUGUCAAACCUUAACCACUGAAAAACGAUUUCCUCUGGCACGGUAUCCACUGCAAUGUACUUGCUUGAUUGUCUAUCGAAAGUGAAAACAAAAAGUGUUUUUGUUAUGUUGAGGAUGAUCUUUUCAACGUUUAACUUACCAUUGCACGAUCUUUUGCAAAAGAUCAAUGCGCACUUCAAUGGGCAGCUUAAGCUAUUUCAUACCUUUCAUACAACCGGGGAAGUUACUUCCCUUAAAGUAUAGAACAACAACAAACGCCUGAAAACGCAUCCAAUAAAGGCUGGGUAUUGGGUAUGCAUUUUCAGGCGUUUAGAGGUGUGUCUUAGGUACAAAAAACCUAUCCCAUUCGGGUUUUGUUUGUAUAAAAGUUUAUCAUGAAAACCACCCGUGUAAUGUUUUGUUACGUGACAUCGUUUCGAGACAAUGAAUUCUCGAUAAUGUUUACAAUUAUGCACGAUGUCAAACAUUUGCCUACCGUUUGUAGCAUAGUAGGGAUAAAGGAUGCAGAACCAGACAGUUUUAUUUAAGUGAAUAAGCAACAGCGUGUGUAAACAUACUAUAACCUAGAAGGCAAUACAAACGGUUCGGAUAAACUGUGUUGUAUAAAGACAUACCAAUAAAAGAAAAUGAAUCAGAA